CUGCAUCACGUGGCUUCGCUCCGCCUAUUUCGCCUCAUGACGCGACCUUACUUGUGAGGGAAGACUCUUCCGGUGGUGACGUCAAUGAGCCCACACACGUGUACUAAUUUAGGGGUGGAUGAGAUUGUCCCCUGAUAGUAGAAAUGAUCAAAUUCUUCCUGAUUGUGAACAAGCAAGGACAAACAAGGCUAUCCAGAUACUAUGAGUGUGUAGAGGUACAGAGGAGGACGCUGUUGGAAUCUGAGGUCAUUAAACUUUGCCUUUCCCGUUCCAAAGAUCAGUGCUCCUUUAUAGAGUAUAAAGAUUUCAAACUGGUUUACCGUCAGUAUGCAGCACUUUUCAUUGUUGUUGGAGUAGAUGAGACUGAGAACGAGAUGGCUGUUUUUGAGCUUAUUCAUAACUUUGUGGAAGUUUUGGACAAAUACUUCAGCAGAGUGAGUGAGCUGGAUAUCAUGUUUAAUCUAGACAAGGUGCACAUUAUUUUGGACGAAAUGGUGUUAAAUGGCUGUGCUGUGGAGACAAACAAGACCCGGAUUCUGGCUCCUCUGCUUGUACUGGACAAAGUGGGAGACAGCUGAAUGUUAGCCUCUUAGGCGCCACCUAUUGGUUACAGUUCAGAAUGCUUAAAGGAACCUACACAACCUGAUUAAAUGACUUGUGCAGUCAGCAAAUGUUUCUUUUUUUCUGGAUCGCCUACACCGCUUUAUAUAAUGUGAAACAUGGAUGUCUCCUGCAAAUGAUGCAUGUCCUGAUAACCAACAAGGAGUUAAAAUUAGGUACUUUGUGCAUGUUGAGUGCCCUGCCAGCACCAUGCCCCAAAAGGUUUUCCUCGGUACAAACGUGUGUGUGCAAGUUUGGCUUUGGACCACAGCAGACCACAUAGUGCUAUUGCUUCUUCGGCGAAUUUCCAAAUGUCACCUGGAUAACAGACUUUGAAUAAUCCUCAUCAGUAAACCGGCAUCCCACACCUGACAACAGCGAUGCAGAGUUUGUGCCAAGAUGGCCAGAAAACAUUCUUCAUAAAUGCAGAGAGUUUCCAUUUACUGGCAGCCAAAGACAAGGAGUACAAUUCUCAGUUUUAGCCUAUAGUGUGCACAUCAGUCCUGACAUACUACCCGCACCUUUCUUCAUAGUAGUCAAUUGAUACUGAAAACAGCAGAAGAAGAAUGGACCGAUGACUCAAACUUGUAAGUUGUUUAGUGGCAUUUGGGACUUACAAAAAGCUAAUAUGUGACUAGCUAUAGGUACAGCAACUCACUGUUUUCACCAGGACUUUGAAUAAAGCACUAUCUACACAAGACUCAA